CAGUGUCUUUUAAGAUUUAUUUAAUUGCUUUGGUUAACAUAAUUACAGAACGUAUCUUGAACUUUACAGCACUUAUUCCAGCUUCGCAUUUUCGCGUCUUCUGUCCUACCGUCCACUUCCUCAGUCAAGAGGGAAUUUUGACCCUCUUUGCAAUCCGUCGGUUAUUCGCUGAAGCGAGCGACGCUUGCUGGUGUACCAGUGGCAAAGAUGGAGAGUGACACCACUAUAAGAAGAAUAAAACCCUACGGGACGCAAACCAAUGUUUUGCAAGAGCAAAACGACUCCCAGGGUCAGUGUGGAAAUAACGGCUGCAGUGACCUGAAAAGAAAGCCGGACGUUAACUUGUACCUGCUGCGCGAAGGAGUCGCAGCUUUUCUUGUGGCUGUGUUUAUCUUUGUGCUGUGGGGACUCGUUCAGUUAUCCUUACAGCAGCUUGUCAUAGGCAAGUCUACUGGAGAGUUCAAUGCAGUCCGUGCAAGGAGGCAUCUGGAGCGGAUCACAAGUGUUGGGCCGCGCCCUGUUGGCAGCCAUGAGAACGAGGUCCUGACGGUGGAGUACCUGCUGGAGCAGAUCGAGCACGUCCGCUCCGAAAGCGCCGCCGGACCUCACCGCCUUACCGUGGACGUGCAGCGGCCAACCGGAUCCUUCAGCAUCGAUUUCCUGGGCGGGUUCACCAGCUACUAUGACCGCGUCAGCAACAUCGCCGUCCGCUUGGAGCCCAAGACCGGGGCGCAGCACUUUAUGCUGGCCAACUGUCACUUUGACUCAGUGGCCAACAGCCCAGGAGCGAGUGAUGAUGCAGUGAGCUGUGCCGUUAUGUUGGAGGUACUCCAUUCGCUGGCCAACCUGACCACGCCCCUUCGCCAUGGAGUCAUCUUCCUCUUCAACGGAGCCGAGGAGAACGUGCUGCAGGCUAGUCACGGCUUCAUCACCCAGCACCCAUGGGCUCAGCAGGUCAGAGCCUUCAUCAACCUGGAGGCAGCAGGAGUGGGGGGCAAGGAGGUCGUCUUCCAGACAGGCCCAGAGAACCCAUGGCUGGUGCAGGCAUACGUCCAUGCUGCCAAACACCCCUUUGCCUCUGUGGUGGGACAGGAAGUGUUCCAGAGUGGCGUCAUUCCCUCCGACACAGACUUCCGCAUCUACAGGGACUUUGGAAACAUCCCAGGUAUAGACCUGGCCUUCAUAGAGAACGGCUUCAUCUACCACACCAAGUACGACACUGCCGACAGAAUCCUGACUGACUCCAUCCAAAGAGCAGGUGACAACAUCCUGGCCGUCCUAAAGCACCUGGCGAUGUCGGAGGAGCUGGCGGAUUCCUCGGCGUAUCGCCACGGUAACAUGGUGUUCUUCGACCUGCUGGGCAUGGUGGUGGUGGCGUACCCCGCCCGCGUGGGCGCCAUCCUCAACUACAUGACGGCCGCCGCCACCUUCGUGUACCUGGGCAAGAAGGCCGCUCUGCCGCCAACCUGGGUGGGGGGGCGGUAUGUGCGGGAGCUGGCGUACGCCACUGGUGUGGUGGUCCUGAGCUGGCUGGUCACCCUGCUGACGGUCCUGAUCGUGGCUCUGCUGGUGUCCCUGUCUGGACGCUCCAUGUUCUGGUACAGCCACUUCUACGCCUCCAUCUGCCUGUACGGGUCGGCCGCCACCGGCAAGAUGGUUCUGAUCCACACGCUGGCAAAGAACCUGUACUAUGGGGGCGUGCGUCGUCUGGAUCUGGGUGAGCUGUACUUCGAUGUGAGCCUGCUGCUGUGGUGCUGUGCCCUGGUCUACCUCUCCCAGCUGGGCCUGUGCUCCGCCUACGUCCCCAUGCUCAUGGUGGCCUUCCCCCUGGCCACCAAGCUGCUGCUGGCCUCAGAGUUCAGACACAGAGGAGCUUCAGUGAAGUACUCUGUGCUCUACAUGUUGGGUCUGGCGCUGCCCUACGUGCACUUCAUGUUCCUGAUCUGGGUGGUGUUCGAGAUCUUCACCCCCAUCCUGGGGCGGAGCGGGUCGGAGAUCCCCCCUGACAUUGUCCUGGCAACACUCGUCACCCUGGCCACCAUCUUCCUCUCGUCCUUCUUUCUCCAUUUUGUGUACCUGGUGCGCAGUACCAAGUGGAUCUUGGCAGCCCUGGGAUCGGUCUUCAUUGUGAUGGUCCUGCUGGUGUCAUCUGGACUGCUGUUCCCUUACUCUGCCGACCCGGCCGGCCCCCGACCCAAACGGGUCUUCAUCCAGCACACCACCCGGACGUUCCACAGCCUGGACGGCCAGGUGGAGAGCACCGACUCAGGCUUGUGGGUGAACAGCUUCGACUACACAGGCAUGCAGCACGUCACGCCGCACAUCCCGGAGCUCAACGACAGCAUCCGGACCCAGUGCCGCCAGGACCGGCCCUUCUGUGGCUUCCCCUGGUUCCUGCCCAUCAAGUUCCUGGUCAAGAAGGACUGGUACCUGCCUGCUCCUGAGGUCUCCCCCAAGUCUCCUGUGCAGUUUCAGCUCAUAUCUAAAGAACCAACCAACUGGGGCACAGUCAGGAUGGCCUUCCAGGUCAAAGGCCCCAGCCACAUGUCUCUCUACCUCAUGCCCCAUCGCGGGGCCUCUCUAUCCAGCUGGUCGUUUGGAGAUGGGAACCCCCAGUAUCACCUGGCUGGGGAGUACUUCAUCUUCUACUCACAUGGCCUCGAUGCCCCUGCAUGGAACUUCUGGUUCGAAAUACAGCCUCCCAGGGAACGGGACCCUGAUGGCCCAGAGGGGAUGGUCACCGUGGCGAUCUCCUCCCACUACUUCUUUGGCGAGGACCAGCGGACACCCCAGCUGGACGCCAUGCUGCUUCGAUUCCCAGCCUGGACCUUCGCCUCCACCUGGUCCAGCACCUAUCACAUGUACCGAUACUGACCACGCAGCCAAUCACAUGGACCCACAAUGAGGACCGCACCAGUCACACUGGACAGAACUAAUCAGAACUAAUCGGACUGGCCAGCGGGCACGUCCACAUCCUGCUCAGACUAACACGCAAACACACACACACACACACACACACACACACACACACACACACACUGGAGGACAUGCACAUGUAGGUGAUUGAGAGACCCCACCCUUCACUGUGUCAAGGCUUUGUUGCUAACAACAAGGAUGCUGCUCUUCCAGCCAGGCCAGAUAAAGACUCCUCCCUGCAGGACAGACUCCUCCCUGCAGGACAGACUCCUCCCUGCAGGACAGACUCCUUCUUGCAGGACAGACUCCUCCCUGCAGGACAGACUCCUCCCUGCAGGACAGACUCCUCCCUGCAGGACAGACUCCUCCCUGCAGGACAGACUCCUCCCUGCAGGACAGACUCCUUCUUGCAGGACAGACUCCCUGGCUCAGCCCAAGAGAUUCGCCUUUACCUCUGAGGGGGGAGGGAGAACCUCACUCUCCGUCUCCUUUUCUCUUCCGUAUCAUCUCUUCCCUCUCUCCUCCCCUCUCACUCUUUCUUUUCUUCUCAGCAUUCUUUUUUUCCCUAUGAAAGCCCUUUGCAUGCCGAACCUCCUCUGUGAACACUGCAAGCCAGAAGCCAUAGUCACCAUGAGUACCAUGCAAUAGAGCUGAGGAGGCCUGAGCUAUGGAGGCCACACAGGUCCUCAAAGUUCUACAUUUAGAUGAUUGGUUGGUUCUGUUCUGUGAUUGCCUACAUAGAAAGUUCGAACACUGGUGCAAGUUCACAACAUUCAGCCGCCUCUUUAUGGAAAGACUUGAGAUGAGGCCAACGUUCUAGAGGUAGUGUCUUGUUGCUGUGGCUCUGAGCUGGGCUGUUGUCACGGAGACUAGUACCGUUGUCCCUACUCUCCUGGGAACAGACACUUUAAAGGAUCAGUCUGCUGUAAAACCUAAAGUCUCACAUUCAGAACACUGUUGAGGCCUUGAAACACACUGUCUGGUGUUUCAUGUCAGAGAGGCUGUUGUUUUGAGAUGAGACCAUGGCUGGUCAUCCGAAUUGCAUUUGAGUUCUGGAGAAACAGCCUUCCAAACAAGAUGACUGUUGUUUUAGAUUUUUACAAAGUUAUGGUGUUACACAAUUGUCCAAAUUGUUCAUUUUUACUCUUUAUUUCUCUAUCAUAAUCCUCAUUAUCAUAAUCGUCAGUGACAUGUUCAGUGUUACUGUGAAAAUCAGCCUCAGACAUAAACACUAAUGGUGCUUCUCAUGUUUUUUUUCUGGAGAACCUUUUUUACAAUAUCCUCUGGAUUUUAUAAAUGUUGUUUUUGCAUCAAAUAUUUUGGGGAAAAAGCAACACCACAUUUUUGAUUCCCUUCCCAGAACCAGUACUUCCCUUGACUCCCAGCAGUGCUCUGUCUGUGUGUGCCUCUUAACCACAAUAUAGGACUGAACUCCACUACAGGCCGUUAGAAUUGCUUUAACAAGCUUGGAUUGUCUUCUGGUGGGAUUCACAAGGGUCCUGAUUUGAGCCUGUCAUGUGCCAGUUUUUUCUAAGAUCUAAGACAUAGGGGGCUGGACACUGACAGCUGGGAUACGUCAGUGUUGGUCUGGUCCUCGUUACGGCCACCUCGGCCUCUCGUCAUCUUCAGCAUCUUGUGUCUGCAGAGUGGCUCCCUCUGCUGCUGACAGUGGGUGUUUCUGGGAGGUAGUGUGUUUCUGGGAGGUAGUGUGUUUCUGGGAGGUAGUGUGUUUCUGGGAGGUAGUGUGUUUCUGGGAGGUAGUGUGUUUCUGGGAGGUAGUAUGUUUCUGGUUGUGGUCCUGCUUCUGGUUCUGUGUCUCUGGUCCCAGUUCUGGUCCUGUUUAUAUGGCCAUAUUAUGUCUGUCUCUCUCUCGCUGGUACUGGUUCUUCACCCUCUGAGAUUAGUAAUGUACAAAACAAAAUCUAUGCAAAAUAAUAUGAAUUUAUGACGAAUCUCUUCCUCAAUGACUCUGCAGUUUCCCCACGGCUUCAGGACAGAUGCUACCAGGGACACUGGCCAGUGUGUCAAGUUAUGGGAUAUAAACUAAAUACUGGGACCAGCUCACAGUAGUCUGCUCAAAUCUUGCAACACACUCAGAGGGUCAGUUUGACUUGAACUGUGGUGUGUGUAGAGCGGUCAAGGUUUAUUUUAUUAUGAUUUUUAAACCAUCUUUUCUAAAGACAGGCUUUCGAGGGCAUAAACAAGGGUUGAUUCGCCCUUACUCUUCUGGAUGUCCUGCUUCUUACCAGGUCGUCAGUAGCAACGUCCACUGUGUACAGCAACACAGGUGUUUUUUUUUUUGUCUAUUUCUUACACCUUUGGUGAGGAUACAUCCUAUAAUAGUCUUUUCAAAUCUGCUUGAUGAUGUGUAUGACUGACAAGAGAUUGAACACGAGCAUGGAGUGCGUUCAAUUUGAACAGGUCGGCAGCACCGCUGACAGGGUUAACAUUAUUUUAGACGGUCAUUGCGUGUAGGUCAACACGAUGAGGAAAGACAGGGACUUUAACCUCGAUGUGACUUGUUUAUUGUUGUAGUGAAGCAGAACUUAUGAAAUAUACUAAGAAUCAACAGAGAUAAGCUUUAUUAACUAAAUUAUAAUAAGUAGAAUUUAAUUAAACUAGAUUUAUAUUGUUAUAAUCAAAGUGUGUGGCGCAGUCUUCAUCUGGUGCUCACUGUGCUCGUUGCUUGGAAGGGAAAAGUUGUGUUGGAAAGAAUAUAACAGGAAUAAUUGACGUUCAUCAAUUCAGCUGAAUUCUGUAUGUGAUCAUCUCAAACUGUUACCUGGUAGUUCAGGGACGUGCUCCAGAAAGAGUGACUAGUAUGGGAGCUUGUCAGACACGAUAGUGAUGGUUUUCUUUUUUAGGAGCCAACUAAUCAUAGGGCAUCCUUUCCUGUUCCACCAGUGGUUUCACAUGACUUGUGUUUACUACUUGGGGUUCAGCACAACUAAGUUGACACUGUCCAGUCCUAUUCUGUAUCCUGUCAGUAAGAUGUGGCUGUUGGCUGUUCGUAUGAAUUAAUACUUUGAAAUAAUGUAAGUCUUGUCUCGCAUAACAAACAAAGAAAGACGCUUGAAGAGCAACAUGCCUGGAUUUGUCAGUUUGUGUCACCGUGCCACUCCCUCAAUGACAACUUAAGCACGUAGUUUAAAGUGUUGCAUUCAUUAAUUUCCCAGCAUCUGCUGAUGAUACAUGGUUGGAACACAGGACAGACAGCCCUGGACAUCACUAGAGGAUGGAAUACAGCGAGCUACGUUUUUCUGUUGCAAGGCAACCGUUCUUCUCCCUCGAAACAAAAGCAUCUGUGUCUGUCUGCCUUUCCAUUACAGUACAUCUGCAAACUGGGAAUAUUGAUCAUUACCUAUAUCCAGGGUUCCCACAGCUCCUUGAAAGUUUGUAAAUUUUAGAAGGAAAAAAUUAAGGCAUUGCAAGUUUUGGAAUAUAGACACUGAAAGUGCUUGAAUGUAUAUAUUUUUAACGAAUAUAAAUUGAUGUUAUCAGGGCCAAAGACCACAGAUGGGCUGUGCUGUGUUGGAGAAGGCAAGAGACCUCGUCGUCUCUCAUCACUGUUGCAGCACAAUGGAGAAGCGUUCAAACAUUCAAGCCUUUUCAUCGUCUGUGGUCUUCAGUAAAGUGUGCUAGAUCUCAUUAUAAAGAUUCUCAGCGUCGUAACAGUAAUUAUCCUUGAUAAUUGCCUGUGAAGUUCUUAAAGUCCUUGACUUUGAUGUUUAAGGUCUGAGAACCCUAUAAGUUGACCUUUUAUCCAAGUUUAUACGGGGAGAAAAUAAUUAACUGCCCGUAUAUUUAGAUUAUUGUUUAAUAGUGAAACCUUUUUUUUAAUCCAAUUGAAAUAUAUGGAACUCUCCUUCAGGAGAUGGGAGAUGGUCUAUGAGAUGCUCGUUGUGACAAAGUCUUAAUAUGUUUGAUGAUGUUGUGGAUGGAUGUGUUGAAUUUUUAUACGCGCUGUGUCAUAAUUAUUGUGUUAAUGUUUUGGUUUGGAACUUUCAUCCAUGCCUUUUUGUUAUUAAACCUCCUUUAAUAUCACAGCCUUCCCCUGAAAAGCGUGACUGAGAACAGUUAUGAUGAACUGUAGACAGUCAACUAAUUAUUUAAUUGGACAGCGGCACGUUUAAUGUUUGUUUUCUCUUUUCCGUAAGUUUCCUCUGUACAUUUAUAUCUGUUAAGUCACAUCAAAGAUGGGAUCGCAUCAUUGAAACGACGGGUGUGGGAUUGAUUGAUUACUUGAUUUAGGAAUAUUGUUUAACAGGGUAUUCUAAUGAAAGGACUUGAUUACUUAUGCAAAACAAGUUGGAUGAAAAGUGUCUGAGGACAGAUACCGUGUACAGCAAUAAAAGGCUUAACACAC